AUGUACCUCCUCAACGACCCCGACUUGGCCAGCCUCCCGUUAUCCGCGUUUGUCUCGCCCGCCUUCGUCGCGGCCUCGUUUUGUCUCUCAGCCAUUGCGUUGGUGUUGGCCAUCCGCCGACAUGGCACACUUCCACCUGCCUCCGCAUCCGUCAGUGAGACCCACCGUGGUCAGACUGGACAACCUCAGUCAGACAAACUAGCGCCACCGCCAUAUUCACCAUAUCCAUGCCACAACAACAAUCAGGCACAGCUAUUCGUCUACCCUCACAACGCGUCCCGCCACCCAUAUUUGCCAGGCCCACCAGUCUAUGAUAGGCCCCCCUCUGUCCCCGCCAAUCGCCCUCUCGGCUGGGGCCAACCCCCGCUCGACCAGCAAAGCACCCCAAGUGCAAGACGUGACUCACCGGCUGCGCCGCCGCGUCCACAUCUGAAUCACUGGCGAGUGCCAGUGCCCCAUAUGCAUAAAACUACGGACUAUCGUCGCUAG